AGGAAAAGGAGAGGGACCUGCUGAAGAUGAGAGCUCGGGUAUUCUGGCUCAUCUCUUUCUUUGCAACCACUGAGGGCCAUGAUGGCUUCCUGGAGAGAAGUGAUGGCAUCAAAACAAAAAGAGAACUCAUUGUGAAUAAGAAAAAGCCUCUAGGCCCAGUCCAGGAAUAUGAGCUGCUGCUUCAGGUGGCCUAUCGAGAUUCCAAGGAGAAAAGAGAUUUGAAGAAUUUUCUGAAGGUUUUGGAGUCUCUGUCAUUAUGGUUACAUGGGCCAAUGAAGAUUAUCAGAGCAAAGGCCACCACGUACUGUGGCAACCAGAAUGGGGUCCUGCGGUGUGCCUGUGAAGAUGGCUACACCUGGUUUCCCCCCUCAUGCCUUGAUCCCCAGAAAUGCUGCCUUCACACGGAUGGAUCACACCAGAGCUGUGACUGUCAUCUCAACAACCUCGCCCAGAGUGUCAAUUUCUGUGAGAGAACAAAGGUUUGGGGCACUUUCAAAAUUAAUGAAACAUUUACCAAAGACCUUUUGAAUUCAUCCUCUGCUACAUACUCCAGAUAUGCCACUGGAAUUGAAAUUCAACUUAAAGAAGCAUACAAAAGAAUUCAAGGUUUUGAGUCAGUUCGUGUCACCCAAUUUCGGGAUGGAAGUGUCGUUGCCGGGUAUGAGGUUGUUGGCUCCAGCAGCACCUCUGAGCUGCUGUCAGCCAUUGAGCAGGUGGCAGAGAAGGCUGAGGCAGGCCUUCACCAUCUGUUUCCACUAGAAGACGACUCUUUCAGAGUAUUCGGAAAAGUCCAGUGUAACAGCAUCGUCUUUGGAUUUGGGUCUAAGAAUGAUGAGUAUACUCUUCCCUGUAGCAGUGGCUACAUUGGAAGCAUCACGGCCAGGUGUCAGCCCUCUGGGUGGCAGGUCGUCAAGGAAACCUGUGUGCUCUCUCAGCUGGAAGAACUGAAGAAGAAUUUCAGUGUGAUCGCAGGUAAUGCCACUGAGGCAGCUGUGUCAUCUUUUGUGCGAAAUCUUUCAGUCGUCAUUCAGCAAAGCCCAUCAACCACAGCUGGGAAUCUGGCUUCAGUGGUGUCGAUUCUGGGUAGCAUUUCGUCCCUGUCACUGGCGAGCAAUUUCAGGGUGUCUAAUUCGACAAUGGAGGAUGUCAUCAAUAUAGCUGACUAUAUCCUUAAUUCAGCAUCAGUAACCAAUUGGACAGUAUUGCUGAAGGAAGAAAAGCGUGCCAGCUCACGAUUACUAGAGACAUUGGAAAAUAUCAGCAUUCUGGUACCUCCGACAGCUCUGCCUCUGAGUUUUUCUCGGGAAUUCAUUGACUGGAAAGGGAUUCCAGUGUCCACAACCCAACUCAAGAAGGGUUACAACUAUCAGACUGAAAUGUUUCAAAAAAACACCUCCAUUCCCAUCAGAGGCCAUGUGUUCAUUGGGUCAGAUCAAUUCCAGAGGUCCCUUCCAGAAACUAUUAUCAGCAUGGCCUCAUUGACCCUGGGGAACAUUCUAUCCAUUACCCAAAAUGGAAAUGUUCAAGUCAAUGGGCCUGUGAUAUCCAUGGUUAUCCAAAACUAUUCCAUAAAUGAAAUUUUCCUGAAUUUUUCCAAGAUAGAAUCAAACUUGAGCCAGCCUCAAUGUGUGUUUUGGGAUUUCAGUCAUUUGCGAUGGAACAACGCAGGCUGCCACCUAGUGAAUGAAACUCCAGACACGGUGAUGUGUCGAUGUACUCACCUGACCUCCUUCUCCAUGCUGAUGUCAUCCUUUGUCCCCCCUGCCAUCAUUCCCAUUGUGAAAUGGAUCACCUUUGUGGGACUGGGCAUCUCCAUGGGAAGUCUCAUCUUAUGCCUGAUCAUUGAAGCUCUGUUUUGGAAGCAGGUCAAGAAAAGCCAGACCUCACACACACGUCAUAUUUGCAUGGUGAACAUAGCCCUGUGCCUCCUGAUUGCUGAUGUUUGGUUUAUUGUUGCUGCCACUGUGGACACCACGGUAAACCCUUCUGGAGUCUGCAUAGCUGCAGUGUUCUUGACGCACUUUUUCUACCUCUCCUUGUUCUUUUGGAUGCUCAUGCUCGGCGUCCUGCUGGCUUAUCGGAUCGUCUUCGUGUUCCAUCACACAGCCAUGCCUUUGAUGAUGGCUGUCGGGUUCUGCCUGGGCUAUGGAUGCCCUCUCAUUAUAUCUGUCAUCACCAUUGCGGUCACACAACCUAGCAAUGGCUACAAAAGGAAAGAUGUGUGUUGGCUUAACUGGUCUGAAGGGAGCAAACCUCUCUUGGCCUUCGCUGUGCCUGCACUGGCUAUUGUGGCUGUGAAUUUGGUUGUGGUGCUGUUAGUUCUCACGAAGCUCUGGAGGCCUGCUGUUGGAGAAAGACUGAGUCAGGACAACAAGGCCACGAUUGUCCGCAUGGGGAAGAGCCUCCUCAUUCUGACCCCUCUGCUGGGGCUCACCUGGGGCUUUGGCAUAGGAAUAAUGGUGGACAGCCAGAAUCUGGUUUGGCAUGUUAUUUUUGCAAUACUCAACGCAUUCCAGGGGUUUUUCAUCUUAUGUUUUGGAAUCCUCUUGGAUAGUAAGCUGCGACAACUGCUGUUCAACAUGUUGUCUCCUUUAAGCUGUUGGAAGCAAGCAUCAAAGCAAAAAUCAUCAGAUUUGUCUGCCAAACCAAAACUCGCAACGCCUUUCAACCCAUUGCAACACAAAGGCACUUAUGCGCUUUCUCACACUGGAGAGUCCUCAGACGACAUCAUGCUAACUCAGUUUUCUUCAACUGAAUAAGGCUGGGAACCAUAAAAUCAAGGAAAAUUUUUUGGAACAAUUUGACAUUUAGAGCUAAAUGUCAGUGAAGAAAUUAUGCUCAAUAUUAGAAGGAAUUUUUCUGAUUUAGGAGUCUGGGAGUUUUCAGUGGCUUCAUCACUGCCCUGCUUAUUGUCAAUUAAAUGGAAAGACUUAUUUCCAUGUGGUUUGAUUCAAAAGAAUUGCCGCAAAAAUGUAGACGAGCAGGUUUUGUCGGAAAUUAUGUCAGUUGUACCAGCUUCUCACUGCCACAA